AUGCCUCGACGAAAGGCCGCCGAUGGUCCGGCUCCCCCUAAACAACCUCGAACAAGGAGGAAGAAGGCUGUACCGGAAGAGCCUAAACCUGAGACUUAUGACCCCAUGAACAGUUAUGGCAUGGAGGGUAUGGAUCCUAAUAUUUAUGGUCAUCAUCCAGAGUAUGGAUAUGGUGCCUAUGGUCAUCCUCCGCCGUUCCCUGGUCCUGAAAGUUCAAAUAGUCAUUAUGGAAUGCCACCCCCACCAGGAGCUAAUCCACAAAAUAAUAUGAUGUUGAGAGGUCAACAAACGUUACCACAACCUAUUGGAAAUGCUGUCAGCCCACUGGAAUUCAGGAUACACGACAUGAAUAGGAGGCUUUACAUUUUUAGUUCUACAGGGGUAUCCGAAAAUGAUCAACAACAGUGGUGGGAUGCUUUCUCCCAUGAAUUCUUUGAUGAUGACUGCAGACUUUGGUUUGUCAUUGGUUCAGAAACAGUACCAAUGCCAGAAAGGGAACGAUACAUCAUCACUCGGCAGUUCAUCCCAAAAUUCUUCCGAUCCAUCUUUGAAAGUGGAAUGAGAGAAUUGCAGUACGUGCUACGAGGUCCUUCUAGAGAAUGUACACUAGCUAAUGGUCAACCAGCAUAUGAAAACGAGAAUGUGUUACAAAUCACAAAAUACGAUCAGUCUAGUCAUAAUGAGAUUAACACUGAAGGAAAAUUGUAUGUGGAAUUUACGCCGUUUGACGAAGUUAUGAACUAUCGGAUAAAAGCCUGGACGUUGGAAUUAAGGAGGUCAGAUGAAUUCAGUUACAACCCAGCGACUAAGGAGUUCCGAAUGGAAGCUCCUAAUGUCGAACAAGAAAAUCAGCCUAGGAUGGGGUUCUUCAAACAUACUCUUAAUCUGAUGACAAUGCUGAAAGUAUUAGAGCCUAUGCAGACAUUCAUGAGCUAUGCUAAAUCCUCACCGACACUCACUCCAAGAGAUAUCAUGAAGCGAGCUUUGUUUCAACAAGAGGUUUACCGACAGCAGCAACGUGCAGCAAUCGUUCAACAGCACCAGCAACAACAUCAAAUGGCAACACAACAAAUGCUGCAUUCAACUCCAGCAGAGCCAGAAAAAGCGAAACCAGUCAGAAAACGACAACGAAAGGCCGCGACGAAUCCACGUGGAAGUAAAAAAGCUACGGCUGCAGCACAAGCCGCUGCGGCACAAGCGGCUGUAGCAAAUGGAGCUCCACCUGUGAUUCCAACUGCCAGUCCUGCAAAUAAUCCACAGUUCCCGCCAAAUUCUAUGAAUCCUCAGUUCUCUCAAAUGAGCUAUCCGGAUGUCAUGGUUGUUGGUGAACCAUCAAUGAUGGGAAGCGAUUUUGGAGAAGAAGAUGAGAGAACAAUCUCACGUGUGGAGAAUUCCCAAUAUGAUCCGAAUGCUAUGCAAAUGCAAUCUCUCGGACAAGGAACUAAUCCUACAAUGAAUGGAAGACCCAUGAAUAUGGCUGGAAUGAAUCAACAACAUCAUCCAGGAAUGCCACCAGGAGGACCUCAACACAUGCCACCACACUCAAUGGGAAGUCAGAUGCCAACUUCAAUGCACAAUCCAUUGCAUAUGCCACCUGGUUCGAUGCCACCACACGGUGGAAUGCAUCCGAUGCCGAGCACAAUGGCUAAUCAGAUGCCACCACCACAAUUGCCUCCCCAUACGAUGUCCAACCAGAUGCCAGCAAAUCGAAUGCCACCACCGAUGCAAAUGCCACCACACGGAAUGGGCCAGAUGCCGGGAGCUCAGAUGCAAAACCCCAAUAUGAUGAGUGGAAUGCCACCAAUGUCGAUGUCAAGUCAGAUGCCGAGCUCGAUGCCGAUGCAAAAUCAGAUGCCUGGAGGAAUGCCGAUGAACCAGAUGCCACCGCCAAACUACAACUAUGUUGGACCACCACAACAAUGGCCUCCACCACCGAACUCAGCAAUGAUCACUGGGUAA